AUGAAUUGGACAUUUCUCGCUGCAACAGUCGCACUUUUGGCCGCGAUCUGCGACUGCGGUUCCCCCAGCAGCUUGCCUUCAUUCAUCCUGCCGUUAAGCGACUGCGUUCAGAGCCACGGGAGAGACGGUUUGUACCGAGGAGCGAUAGACAUCACCGAGUCCGGCGCCCGGUGCAUGAACUGGACCGACGUGGCCGGCUUCAGGGAGCGCUACCCGGGGAAAGGGAUCGGAGAACACAAUCACUGUCGCAACCCGGACGGCAGGAUCCGACCCUGGUGCUUUUUCAGAAACAACAGGGGCAGAGUGGACUGGGGUUACUGUGACUGUAAACAAGGUUCAGUGCGUCUGCAAGGAGGCCGCUCCAAGCUCGAUGGCAGGGUGGAAAUCUAUCUGUCAGGAGUGUGGGGGUCUAUCUGUGGAGAUGACUGGAGUGACAAAGACGCUGCAGUGGUUUGCAGACAGCUGGGCAAGGGAAUCUCAGGUCGUGCACGUGCCGUUGCCCUGGUUCGUUCAGGUAUUGCCAAACUCCACUGGAGGGCGGUCCAUUGCCAGGGAGAGGAGUCAGACCUGCUUCAGUGCCCCAAAACUACCUGGAAUGGAGGAGAGUGCUCCUUUGCUGCCACUGUCACCUGCACUCAACAGCAAGUAGCAACGCUCCCUAUUCGGCUGGCGGGAGGUCGAUCGAAGUCAGAGGGCACAGUAGAGGUUUUCCACGCGGGGCAGUGGGGCUCCAUAUGUGACGACCAAUGGGACAACAGCGAUGCAGAGGUUGUGUGUCGCCAGCUGGGGCUGAGUGGAGUAGCAAGGGCAUGGGGCCAAGCACAUUUUGGGAAGGGAUCAGGCCGUGUGUGGCUGGACGAGGUGCGUUGCACUGGCAAUGAGCUCACUCUGGAGCAGUGUCCAAAAAGCGCUUGGGGGGAACACAACUGUCUGCACACUGAGGAUGCAGGAGUAUCCUGUCAUGCUCUUACAGAUGGUACUGUUAGGUUGGUAGGUGGCACAGGGAGCCACGAGGGACGUCUAGAAGUGUUGUACCAUGGUCAGUGGGGGACAGUGUGUGACGAUGGCUGGACAGACUCUAACACUAAAGUGGUGUGUGGACAACUCGGUUACAGAUUAGGGGAAACUCUGCCUUCUGAAGGACUAGACAUCACCCCAGUCCCACGCUUUGGGGUGGGUUCAGGUCCUAUUCUUUUGGAUGAUGUGAGCUGCACAGGGAAAGAGUCAAGCUUGCUGCUGUGCAACAAGAGGGAAUGGCUCCGUCAUGACUGCACACACCAUGAAGAUGUUAAUAUCGCAUGCAGCACCGUGCACAGUGGAGAGAGUCUUCCGACUAGUGUGCCAGUAAGGCUUGUGGGAGGAGAAAGGUCCACAGAAGGCCGAGUGGAGCUCUAUCUGUCCGGGCAGUGGGGGACUGUGUGCGAUGAUGGAUGGACAGAUCGUGACGCUGAGGUGGUGUGCCGACAGUUGGGCUACAGUGGCUCAGCAAAGGCCCGUGUGAUGGCAUACUUUGGGGAAGGAACAGGCCCAAUCCAUGUGGACAAUGUGAAGUGCAGUGGUGAGGAGCGUUCAUUAGCAGAGUGCAUCAAACAAGCACCAGGUACACAUAACUGUCGCCACAGUGAGGACGCCGGGGUCAUCUGUGACUAUGGCGAAUCUCAGCCCAGCAACAAAGACGUCAAAGAUCCUGUCAGCUCAAUUUGUGGUCUGCGGCUCAUACACACUCGCCAGCGCAGGAUCAUAGGAGGAGAAAACUCUCUGAGGGGUGGCUGGCCAUGGCAGGCUGCGAUUCGUUUGCGUGGCUCUCGAGGGGAUGGGAGGCUGGUGUGUGGAGCAACUCUUAUUGACUCCUGCUGGGUCCUCACCUCAGCGCAUUGCUUCAAAAGAUAUGGAAACAGCACCAAGCAGUACAAAGUCAGAGUGGGAGACUACCACUCCCUUGUCCCUGAGGAAUAUGAAGAGGAAUAUGGCGUUGAUCAAAUUGUCCUCCAUCCAAGCUACCACUCCCAUAGCAAUGAUAACGACCUGGCCAUGGUUCGUCUAUCACCGGGGGCAGUGGGACAGUUUCCAGGAGAGUGUGUGUCAUUCAGUCGUCACGUCCUUCCCGCUUGUCUGCCUGUGAGGAAAGAGAGGGUGCUCAAACAAGCCAGCAACUGCCACAUUACUGGCUGGGGUGACACAGGUCGUUCGUACUCCAAGACCCUACAGCAGGCCCGGCUCUCAAUGCUGCCCCGGCGUUAUUGUCAGCAGCAUUUCCAUGGUGCGUUCACAAACCGCAUGCUCUGCGCUGGUAGCACUCAGUCUGAGAGGCGCGUGGACAGUUGCCGCGGUGACAGCGGAGGUCCGCUGGUUUGUGAGCGUCCAGGUGGGGGCUGGGUGGUUUAUGGGGUCACAUCCUGGGGUCAUGCUUGCCGGACACAACAGUCACCUGGUGUCUACACCAAAGUGUCUGCUUUCAGCUCUUGGAUACACAAGGUGAUAGGACGUACUGAGAAAAAGCCAUGAAAGACAAAUAUCAAACAACUGACCCCUUUGAGAAGGAAUGUUGACUCUUCGAGACCUCACAUUUGAAAUGAAAAUUACAAGAGGGCAAUGUUGGAGGGGUUUUUUUUUCUCUCUCUUGUAUUACAUUUUUUUUCCCCUUCGUCAUGUCAUUAGCACUUAUUUUAAUGAUCUCAUUGGGUGCAAGAGUUUUAACAGUAUUAAACCUCAAUUGGAGAAUGUCAUUGGAUAAAUAUCUUUUUGUUGUUUCACAUCAGAUGUAUUCUGUAUAAUUUAUGAAACGUGUGAGCACAAAUGUUGAAAAGGGACCAUGUACAUACAGGUAUACCAGCAUGUUUUCAUGCAUGCAUGCAAAGUAAAGUAAUGGGUAAUGGAAUGAAUUUGCAAACUUG